GCGUGGUGAGGACGCUAACGGCGCCCUGGGGAGAACCGGCGUUUUCUGUCGGUGCCAGAAGUGGGGGUCGGAAGCAGGCCGUCUGUGCGGGGAGUCUGCACGGUUUGCCGUGUGUCCCGCCUCCUGUCCCUCCGAGACGGUUUGCCCUGUCACCCCCCCCCCCCCCUGUUAGCCCCCAGGGACGGUUUGUCGCGCUCCUUCCCCAGGGGCUCGAGCCGCUGACAUGAAGCUCACUCUGGGCCGUGCCGUUGUCCUGGUGACUGUGGCCGGGCUCGGCUUCUGGAUGUUCCGCGCGUGGCUGAGCAGUAAGGAGCACGUGUUCAACCGGGAAGAGUUGAGCAAGCUGGCCCGGCAGUACUCAGGUCUUAAUCAUGACCAAGCAUUCACAAAGGUUGUGGUUGAGUUAAGGAAAAGGUAUCCUGGUCACAUUCUUCCAGAUGAGGACCUGCAGUGGAUCUUCGUAAAUGCUGGUGGCUGGAUGGGUUCUAUGUGCCUUCUGCAUGCAUCGCUAACUGAAUAUGUGCUACUUUUUGGAACAGCAGUAGACACGGGGGGACACUCAGGUCGGUAUUGGGCUGAAGUGACUGACACUAUUAUCUCAGGAACUUUUCAGCAGUGGAAAGAAGGGACAACUAAAAGUGAAAUAUUUUACCCAGGUGACACUAUCGUCCAUUCCAUAGGUGAAGCCACAUCUGUGCGCUGGAGUGCUGGGACAUGGAUGGUUGAAUAUGGUAGAGGUUUCAUUCCUUCCAUGUUGGGGUUUGCAUUGUCUGAUACAAUCUUUAGUACACAGGAUUUUCUUACCUUUUAUUAUACAAUAUCUGUCUACACAAAAGCACUUAUUUUGGAAGCCCAUACUUACCUCACAACAGCUGGAUUCUUUUGAUGCUGGGUAGAGACCAUUUUGUAAGGUAUACAUUUUAUUGGUCUCUUUUUGACAUUGGUUUAUUUCACCUACUGUUUGAAAAUUUACUUGUGUUCAUCAAUUCUAGAAAAUUUGCUUGUUCUUUGUAUGCUACAUUUUUUCUGAUAAGAUUCCAAUCUUUUUAUGUCUCUACAUUGAGCAACACAAAGUAUUGUGUAAAAGAUCACAUCAGAAGCAUAGAUCUGUUUGCAUAAUCUCACGUAUGUCAAUUUAGAUAUCAAUGUUUUGCUGUAUCUUUUAGAACUAAUUUGGAUGGUAAAUUGAUAAGUCCAGGACGAGGAACUUGUUGUUAUUUUUAACCACUGUAGUGAAUCUUUAGCAUGUUUCAAUAUCUAAACUACUAAAUCUGACGGUAAAAGAUGUUUCUUAGAUUUGGUUGGUUACCUAGAUGUUCAGUUCUGUAAAGCUAUUGAAUCAAGCAGAUUUAUACAUUUGAGAUUAAAUUGUUAAUGGGGUUUAAUUCAUAAUUUUGUCAUAAAUUGUACACGUUCAUUCAUGGUGUCAAUUUUUUAUGUCAGUUGAAUAUUUCAAUAUUCUGAAUCAAUAUGUCAGAUGGAAUUGUGAUAAGUUGCAGUGUAGAUAUGUUAAAAUACAAAGAAACCUCUUGUUGGUCUGAUCAACACCAGUUAAUAUUGCAUUAGAGGCAUUUUGAGAUUUCAGAAUCCCAAACAGGUUCAGUUGCAGUCUUCAUGUUGGACCGAGCUGUCAAUAACUUCCCACCUUUUCAUCUAAUACUUACUUUCCCUCUCCAAUUGGAGCACUACCCAGCACAUAGGCAAAAAGAAUGCCUAUGUGCCUGUGCAACCUCUAAAUUGCCUAGUAUGUUAAUGGCAAGACAGUCACUUCCGAAAAACUUCCCAAACGUUUUAGUCACCAAAUAGCAAGCAAUGUGUAAUUCAGUUUAAAUUAAACAGACUUCCAUGACACUAGCCCACACAAGCUGACCAUUCACUAGAUCUUGUUCUGAACCAAAUAUGAAGGUAGAUUCUUUCCCCCGCCCCACCCCACACUUCUUGGCAUCAGUAAGAAAAUUAAUAUUUUCAUUGCAGGUUGGUGAUGAUGCUAACUCCUCUCUUGCUCUUUGAUGGGUAGAAUUACCACUAGUAUAGUAGCAUUUUUCUCCCUCUCACUAGUUUAUAUAUGAAAAAGAUUGAUGGAGAUAAUUCAUUUGAUGGAUGUUUUACAUGUGAUCAUUUAAUUAAGUAAACUUUAUUAAUUGCAUUUUCUACCAGAAAAGGUGAUUUUUUUUUUAUUCAUUCUGUGGAAAGCCCGUAAUGAUCAUGGUCACCUGGGUGGUUGUCUGAAGAUUUUGCAGAUGUUCUGCUUGUUUUUGAAAACUUGAUUUUUUUUUCUUUGCAUUUUAACAUGUAUGUUUCAAAUGCAACUGAAUUAUCCUUUUGAAGGGAAUACUGCAGUCCUGAAAACCUGCUUACAACUCAUUUCUUAGACUUAAAGCAAUAUCUCCAAAUUCCAUGCAACCACCACAAACUUACACCGUUAAUUAAAAUACAAGGUCAUCUUGAUCCAAUUAAGGCUAGUUUGAGGGUUGAAGUGUGAUUGGGAAGGUAACUACAUAUAAGUUUGAAUAUAAAAUGUAAGAAUUUCAAAUUCUAUGCAAAGUAAUACUGUACCAAACAAUUCCGCUUUUAAAAUUCUUGCAAAUGCAGUGAUCCUAUAUACCUUUUUUUCUUUCCACACAGAUUUGUUCAUAUUUGAUGUAUGCACUUAGCUUUAUUUUUCAUGUAAAUUCCAUGUCAGAUAUGAAUUUUAUUUACAAGUUUCUCCAGAACCCUCUAAUUUGAUUCAGGUUUGCAGCCGUAGCCCUUUCUGUUUAUUUCAGCAUCUUUGGAUGUUACUGAUGUAGCUUCUUUACUCAUAAAAUGUGAAGUAUUUUAAAAAUUUCUAUAGUUAAUUAAAUGCUAGCAGAAUUUA